AUGGCUCCUUCCGCGACUGCUGGGCGCCCUGCGAAGCGCGAGCGGCGGGAUAUCAAGUCAGAACCCAGUACAGAAGAACCCGUCAAGGAAGAACGUCUGGGGAGCAUUGGCCCUUCUGCUGCUGACGUGUCGCGCUUUGUAAAGCCGGAACCAGUCGCUACCAAACCAGACUCCGGGACACAGGAGCUUAGCCAGGAAGAACCCGUCAAGGAAGAACGUCUGGGGAGUAUUGGCCCUUCUGAUGCUGACGUGUCGCCCGCUGUAAAGCCGGAAUCAGUCGCUACCAAACCAGACUCCGGGACGCAGGAGCGCACCCAGGAAGAACCCGUCAAGAAAGAGCGUCCAGGGCAGACGUCCAGGGAGGCACUAUGGAACAUCCCCCCACACGACCAGCACCAGACAGGCAACGAGACCGACAGCCGUGAACCAGCAAGCGACAGGGUAGAACCCUGGGAUUCAGGUGUUGCGGGCCCGCUGUUCGUGUCGCGGCGUGCAUUCAGUGUUGGAUUCGGACGCCUUUUGGACAAGGUGGAAACGACUGGACCGUUUUUUGCGAGUGAGUCUGUCGAGUCGGCUAUAAAUCCAGGACUGGAGAUCCAGGGAAUUGGUCCAAUUGGUCUUCCAGUGACCCCAGAUGCCGCAGAAGCCAUGUUGCGUGCCUGCCACCGCCGGCCUGUCCCCGAGCAUGCUUUAUUGGACGGGCAAACGGCGGAAAGUUAUGAGCUUGACGAUGGGCAGUUUUUGUGCAGGAACCCAAGAUGGCACAGACAGGUUUCUUUGUUUGCAAAGAAAGGAAUCGCCAAACUUGGGAUCACAGAGCCGGACGAUGUGCGAGUGAGACCUGAAAAGCUCAUUGCCUUCAGGGAAGGAUCCUUCUUUAUGCCCGAAACCCGGCCGCGCAACGACUCAGAAUAUCAAGAGCAUGUUGGAACGCUGGCGAUAUGUCUUCCGUCUAAGCACGAGGGAGGUGACAUUAUGGUCUCGCACAGCGACCAAAUAGAGGCAAUUAAAACAUCCACCAACUCUGCCUUUCAGCUUUCAUACACGAUAUUCUCUAUGUUAGGUCUCGCACGAGGCACUCCGGUGACGUCGGGGUACCGGGUUGUUCUCACUUAUAGCGUGGUGCAUAGGCCGUCAAACAAGGCUCUGCUGUAUAGACAUUUAUGUGCAGAUCAGCUUCUAGACGCGCUUACGAGAUGGACAAUGUUCGCCGAACACCGAACAGACUGUCUUCGUGGUCAAGGGCUGCCGCCGUCAGCCUGGUUCUCCAGAGUGACAGACUGCGAGCAAACCCUGCCACCGGCUGUCUUCUACAAACUGCCUAAACCAGACUCUGAUGUGGAUUUCGCAUUCAACACUCUACGACCAGACGACAAAGUGAAGGUGGCCGAACUGCGCAGGCUCUGCAAUGCCAGCAAUUGCAUCAUACUUCUUGCCUUCGUGCGGUACAAGAUAACUGGCAUCAGAGACGACGGUGACCACGGCUCCUCGCACAGAGUUGAUUAUCCCAAUCUUUCGCAUCCACGUGUGUCGGAACUUCAUUUUUUUCAACCUAACGACUUAGAUGGCAACCUUAUUUUUCUGAGGGCGGAGAGUGACGAGUCUCUCUCUGCGUACGACUUGCAGGCUGAUGUUCCGCCCAUUUCAGAAACUCGACUACCGGGCCCAGGCCCGAGGUGUGGGAGCGGGCCCGUAGGCUCAGUUAUGGGCCGGCAGUAUGCACACCCCGUUGCUUUGGUGGUACCGAAGCCCUUCUAUGGCCCUCUGCUACUCAGUACCGCCAAGGAUGGGAAACUGCAGAAUAAGAUGGCAGUCCUAAAAGACCUGUACCAUGAAUACCGAGCUUGCCCUGAGAAUCAAAGGCUCCGCAGCCAAGUGAGUGAACUAUGUGAGAUUGUAGCUCCACCGUUAGGACACAUCGCCAGUGAUAUUUGUCGUGGAAUUACGCCCAUUGCGCUGGGAAUUGGUCACUCGGAACUUGCCGCCAAAUAUGUGGAUUCCUUGGGGCACCGAUCAGGGAAGCUGGCGGAGCAUAUUGGGAAAGCGAUAUACACUCAUGGCGUCCAGCACAUGCAGCCUGUCCUCGAAAACCUUUGGAAGUAUUCAAGCACUAGACUGGAUGGCGUUUUCACGCUUGUUGAAAUCCGCCGGACGUGGGACCAUAGCUCAGGCGAACAACAUACUCCCGAUGAAGCCAACACGUGGUUUUCAAGUACUUUUAAUAUGCUAUUGACGCGGGCUGGACCAAGGACAGAGCUGCGCGAGGUCGAUGGAGAAAAGCUUGCAUUUUCCCUGGGAUUAUUGCCAAGGUCCUUUCUGGAGAAUAGUGUAGUCCCUUUUGUGCGACAGAAUGGCCACUACAAUGGUUUUGUUCUCGGCUUCCUUACAAUGCUGUUUGAAAUAAUUCGCACACGGGAUGGUCCCGAUCAUGGUUCCAUAACUCGGGCAUACCACAGUCUCCUUCCAACGCUAUUACAGCAUUUCUCGAUACUGAAUGGCCCGCCGGAUGGGCAACGCCACACCACUGUUGUCCCAUCAGAACUAAUCCAGCCCAAAAACGUUGUAAGACUUAUCAAGCAAAUGAAUAUUUUUAACCUCGAUGUCACACCCCUGCUUUCCAUCUUGGAGCGCAGCAUCACAGAAUUCCAAGGCCGCCACGGACUCGUCAUGUUCUUCUUGAAACCGCUUAUCACAUCCCUAUCCUGUUAUCUACGACCUGGGGAUUCACUCAACGCCUCUCCUGCAUCAACAGACAGCGAAGAUUUGAAUGAUGAAAUCAACGACUCACCUGGAUCAACAGACAGUAAAGAAGCGAAGUUCAUCGUUCGCAUUCUCGAAAAUUACAUACAAAGCUAUGUCGGCCCACCACCCCCAGCACCCGAAACCUGGAGCAAAUCGGUCCCCGGUCUUUUGAAUUGCUGUGCGGACUGCGACGCCCUCCGCCACUUCGUCGAAGACGCGCAUGUCUCCGAACAAGACUUCCGCAUGGGAGCACAGCGGCGAAAGCAUCUCCAAAAUAAGCUACCUAGGAGCUUCAUCACCGAUACGAUCCGGACUGGAAGCCCGCACGCCCUGCACAUCAGAAAAACAGUCGAGUGGUAUACUUCUCAUCAGCACAAGUGGAGGUCCAGAGCCGGCGAGAUGCGGGGGAAUUUGCAAACCUUGGACAUCCUGACUCCUUUCACCAACGCUAUUGGAGAAGAUGCAUAUGACGGCCUGAUGUCUUUGUGCGAAUACCCGCCUUCGCCUGUUUCAGGCCAGGGGCGACCUAGUACUACAAUCGAUAGCGCGUCGAAUGCCCUGAAUGAGAUACAGCCAAAUCGGCAGUCGAAUGCUGGGUCCAAUGGUUCUAGUAGCUCCCCGGCCAGCACUGUUCCGCAGAAAAGGGAAUUCACCGAGCUUGAUUAG